AUGGCUGGAGAUUUUGAAGAAAUAUUGAAAACAUUCGAUGCAUAUUUGUCUUUGCUAGAAAACCAAAACCAAAAAAUAACACUUGAAAAUAUAACAACAGCAUUUAACGUUUCAUUGUUUGUAGAGGCUGUGGUGAUUAGAGCAAAGGAUGAUAACAAAUUAAAAGAAUUUGAAAGUAAUUUACACGGUUACUGGAAUUCUAUUAACCGGACCCGGUUGUACACGUGCACCGAGUUGCAAUUAGCGAGCGAUCGUUUACUAGAAGUAUUUCUGAAGGAUAAAAAAAUCCCACGGGAUGUAAUUGAUAAGUUACUGCACUUGUAUGUCCAGCAUUGCGGUCACGAUCGACUGAAUAAAUUUUUCAGUAGUCUGUUAACAGACACGCUGGCUGCUAAUGUCCUGCUGACUUCUCUGGUGGAGAUCGGGCUGCCUACAGAGACAAUCGAAGACGAGGCGCGAACAAUAGCUUGGGACCACGAGGUCUCUUGUGGAAAACACGAGCAAGUUGACCAGUUGAUCCAGCUGAUGAUCGUCGAUGGGCAUAUAAAAAAAGUCUUGAGCACUUUUGAUUCCCUGAGUGCCGACAGUCCAGCGAAGAAAUUAAUUUGGAGUAAUUUGAGCAAGCUAAGUGUACCAGAAAAUACUCCUUUUACAGCGGUGUUGAAAUUCGCUGCUGAAGAAUUUCGAGUCACGCCUGCAACUUCUGCUAUUAUUACUGAUGAUGGUGUUGGUAUAAAUCCUCAACAAACUGCUGGUAAUGUAUUCCUGAAACAUGGAACAGAACUGCGGCUUAUACCCCGAGAUCGUAUUAAUUCAAAUUACUGCAACUAUGAAUAUGCUAAUUAA